UUACAAAGUCCAUAACUAUCGCUUUUCUUUUUUACCUUUCUAUAUAUUUUUCGAUUCUAAAUUCUUUUUUUCCAGUUUAAAUGUGUUUUUAGUAUGACAAGAGAAAUAUUGACGAGGUGAAAAUGCUGAGUAGUGAUUUUUACUUUUUGAUUUUAAAAAUAUGUACUCACGAACAUACAGUUUUAUAUUAUGAAAAAAAAAAAUUUUUUUUUCACUCACUUUACGUUUGUGCGCGAGAGAGAUCAAUUUGCGAAUGAAAAAAAAGAAGGAGAAAUAAAAAAAAAUGAAUAAAAUUGUUGAAUUGACGAAUAAUGAAACGAUAGAAGAGAAAAAAUUGGAAAAUAAAAAUUCAAACACUGAAAGCAGUCAUUUUUUGCCUGAAAAGUACAAAAAAGGUGUUACCGAAAAUAUCACUACCAAAGAUGCCAUUCCUCAAAUUUUUGCCAGUUGUCUGGCCCAUUGCAUUGUUAUUCAAGUUGGAAUUCAUAUGGCUUUUAGUACAGUUUUCAUCGAGGAUUUUAAACGAACCGGAAAGAUGACAAUAGAUAAACAUCACGAAUCUUGGAUAACUAGUCUCAUGACAAUUGGCGUUCCAAUUGGAUCGUGUAUCGCUGGACCAUUAAUGGAUAAAUUUGGAAGAAAAAAAAUUUGCCUCUUCUCAUGCAUUCCACAAAUAAUAUCAUGGCUAUUAUUAUUAACGGCAAAUACAAUAAAUUUAAUUUAUAUAUCACGUUUUAUUGCUGGUUUUUCAUCGGGAUUAACAACUGUUGGAUUAAUUUAUGUCUCAGAAAUAACACAUCCAAGAAUAAGACCAAUGAUGCUAUCGUGUAAUUCAGUUUUUGUUUCAUUUGGAAUACUUAUAACAUGCUGUUUACCUGUGUGGUUAAAUUGGUUAAAUAUGGCAAUUUUAUUUUUAAUUAUUAAUUGUUUAACAUUUAUUGGAUUAUUUUUUAUACCCGAGAGUCCAUAUUGGAGUUUGUGCUUUAAUAAAAUGAAUAACGAAACGGAAAAAGCACAAUUACAAGCUGAAAAUAGUCUCAAAUGGUUGAAUCGACGAGAGAAGAUUUUUCAAAGUGAAUUAACACGACUAAAGACAAUUUCAAUUGAUCGAAAUGAAAAUAUAAUUAAAUCGAAAUUUGGUGAAAAAUUAAAAAAUCUUUAUCAUGAAUUUUGUAAACCAACUGCUUAUAAACCAUUGGCGAUAAUUUCAAUUUUUUUAUUAAUUCAACAACUCUCGGGUUGUUAUGUUGUGAUAUUUUAUGCUAUUUCUGUGUUUAAAAAUAUUGACAUGAACAAUAAUAAGAAUAAUAAUAAUAAUUUAGAAAAAAUUAAUGAACACAAUUCAACUGUUUAUGGUGCAUUAGUAUUACUUGGUAUUGUACGUUUUUUCAUGAGUAUUGUCACAGCUUAUUUUAGUAAAAAUUAUGGACGACGAAUACUUUGUAUAACAAGUGGUCUUGGUAUGGCAUUUUCAAUGUUUUUCUCAGCAAUGUAUAUGUAUUUAACAUCAUCAUUGGAUAGUGAAAAAUUAAUGGAUUAUCAACAACAACAACAAUCAUCGGCAACAGUAAUGUUGGGACAAAAAUGGAUUUUAAUUGUUAUUAUAUUAUUUUAUAUUUGUAUGAGUGCAAUUGGUUUUAUGGUAAUACCAUGGACAUUGGCUGGUGAAUUAUUGCCAAUAAAAAUAAAAGGUUGUGCAAGUGGUUUUUUAAUUGCAAUUGCAUAUAUUAUUAUGUUUGGCGUUAUGAAAGCAUAUUUAUAUGUUCUCGAUGCAAUUGGUACGCAGGGUAUAUUUUUUUUCUUUAGUUUUAUUUCAUUAAUUGGCACGGCUUUUGUUUAUAUUUUUUUACCCGAAACAUUAGGCAAAUCAUUUGCCGAUAUUGAACAGUAUUUUGUUAAUAAUAAUAAUAGGGAAAAUUUUAAUAAUAGUAAAAAACGUAAUCAAGUACAACGAUUGCAAAUUCGUGAUAAUGAUGAAAAUUUGUCAGUUUAAUUGAAAUAAAAAAAAAAAAAAAAAAAUGUAUAGGUAAAUUAAAACAAUUUUUCUUUUUUAUAUCAGGUUUGCCACAAAUUAGGGAGAAAAAUAAAAGAAAUUUCUAAAAAAUGUUACUGAAAAUUAUAAUUUUUGAAAUUUUCAAUUUGUAAAAAUUUGCAAUAGCAGAGAAAAUUAAAAAGAAAAUUGUAAUUUAAA